AGGCAACUACAUUGCCUGGAGGAAGCCUAAGGAAGCCAGGCACCCAGCUGCCCACGCCCAAGCCCAAGGUUCUUCCCAGGGAGACUAACGUAGGAGACCCACACUCCUGGAAGCAUCAGCCUUUAUCUUUUCACCUUGAAGUCCCCUUUCUUAAGAAUCCUCUGCUCUUUGUGCUCUAAAGUCUUGGCACAUCUAGGACCCAGGUAUCUUGCUUUACAGCCACAAAGAGACAGAUGAAGAUGCAGAGAAAAGGAAAUGUUCUCCUUACAUUUUGGCUACUAUUGCUUUUAGAAGCCGCCACCAACUCUAAUUCCAGCACAACCUCCAGUGGGGCCAGCACAGCCACCAACUCUGAGUCCAGCACAACCUCCAGUGGGGCCAGCACUGCCACCAACUCUGAGACCAGCACAACCUCCAGUGGGGUCAGCACAGCCACCAACUCUGAGACCAGUACAAGGUCCAGUGGGGCCAGCACAGCCACCAACUCUGAGACCAGCACCACCUCCAGUGGGGUCAGCACAGCCACCAACUCUGAGUCCAGCACAACCUCCAGUGGGGCCAGCACUGCCACCAACUCUGAGACCAGCACAACCUCCAGUGGGGUCAGCACAGCCACCAACUCUGAGACCAGUACAAGGUCCAGUGGGGCCAGCACAGCCACCAACUCUGAGACCAGCACCACCUCCAGUGGGGUCAGCACAGCCACCAACUCUGAGUCCAGCACAACCUCCAGUGGGGUCAGCACAGCCACCAACUCUGAGUCCAGCACCACCUCCAAUGGGGCCAGCACAGCCACCAACUCUGAGUCCAGCACAACCUCCAGUGGGGACAGCACAGCCACCAACUCUGAGACCAGCACAACCUCCAGUGGAACCAGCACAGCCACCAACUCUGAGUUCAGUACAAUGUCCAGUGGGGUCAGCACAGCCACCAACUCUGAGACCAGCACAACCCCCAGUGGGGCCAGCACAGCCACCAACUCUAAUUCCAGCACAGCCUCCAGUGGGGUCAGCACAGCCACCAACUCUGAGACCAGCACCACCUCCAGUGGGGCCAGCACAGCCACCAACGCUAAUUCCAGCAGAACCCCCAGUGGGGCCAGCACAGCCACCAACUCUGAGACCAGCACAACCUCCAGUGGGGCCAGCACAGCGACCAACUCUGAGACCAGCACAACCCCCAGUGGGGUCAGCACAGCCACCAACUCUGAGUCCAGCACAAUCUCCAGUGGGGCCAGCACAGCCACCAACUCUGAGACCAGCACAACCUCCAGUGGAACCAGCAUAGCCACCAACUCUGAGACCAGCACAACCUCCAGUGGGGUCAGCACAGCCACCAACUCUGAGUUCAGUACAAUGUCCUGUGGGGUCAGCACAGCCACCAACUCUGAGACCAGCACAACCUCCAGUGGGGCCAGGACAGCCACCAACUCUAACUCCAGUACAACCUCCAGUGGGGUCAGCACAGCCACCAACUCUGAGUCCAGCACCACCUCCAGUGGGGCCAGCACAGCCACCAACUCUGAGUCCAGCACAAUCUCCAGUGGAACCAGCACAGCCACCAACUCUGAGACCAGCACCACCUCCAGUGGGGCCAGCACAGCCACCAACUCUAACUCCAGUACAACCUCCAGUGGGGUCAGCACAGCCACCAACUCUGAGUCCAGCACAACCUCCAGUGGGGCCAGCACAGCCACCAACUCUGGGUCCAAUGUGACCUCUGGAGGCUCUGGAACAUCAGCUCCAGCUGAAACGCACACAACCUCUGAUAGAGUUAUCACAGGCGCUGCUACUGCAGUGAGUGAGGCGAAGCCUGCCGGGUCCCUGGUGCCGUGGGAAAUCUUCCUCAUCACCCUGGUCUCGGUUGUGGCGGUCGUGGGGCUCUUUGUUGGGCUUUACUUCUGUAUGGGAAACAGCCUGUCGCUGAGAAACGUCUUUAACACAGCUGUAUAAUGUCCCUAUGGGCUACACACUCGAGGGAAUCGUGGAGCCCCCCACAGGACCAGGUGGAGCCCUGACUGGUUCUGGAGGAGACCAGUAUCCUCAAUCGCCGUGGAGAUGAGUGGGAGGUACAGCGGGCCCUGA